AUGGAGCUGCACGUGGAGGGCGGGGCGGCGGUGCGCGUGCAGGCCGGCGCCUUCUCCGCCGUGCGCGACGUGCGCCUCGUCAACGUGAGCGGCGCCGGCAGCGUGGUGGUGCGGCGCCACGCCUUCCUCAACGUGUCGUCGCAGCACGUGUUCCUGCACGCGGCCGACUGCGCCGCCGUCGUGCUCGAGUCGCACGCCUUCCGCGCGCCCGCCGGCCCGGCCUCGCUCGAGGUGCGCCGCUGCGGCCACGUCGUGGUGCAGAGCGCCGCCUUCGCCUGGCUGCUGCGCGCGCACCUGCACGGGGUGGUGCGCCUCGAGCUGGCCUCCAACGCCUUCGCCCUCGAGCAGCCCGACGGGCGCCGCCACGGGCCCGCGCCCUCGGUGGUGCUGGAGCGGGUGAUGGUGGCGGAGCUGCCGCCGCUGGCCUUCCCGUCACAGGUGGCCGAGGUGCGCCUGGUGGAGGCGCAGGUGCGCGCCGUGCGACGGGACGCCUUCUACGCCCUGCAGCUCAGCGCCGUCGCCGUCGUCAACUCGUCGCUGCAGCAGGUGGACGCCGGCGCUUUCUCCGCGCGCACCCUCGUGCUGCAGCUCAGCGUGCAGGGUUCGCGCGUGGGGUGCCUGGCCAGCGGCGCGCUGCGCGGCGCCGGUGGAGACGGUGGAGGAGGGCGCGGUGGACAUCACGGUGGCCAAGGUGGCGCUGGAGCGCUGCAGCGUGGGCUGCGUGCGCAGCGCGGCUCGCCUUCGCAAGUGAACUCGUGUUGGUGCGCGGCAACUCUUCCGCGAGCUGCAGACGUCACGCCCUCUGGCGCGCCUUCUCAGCGCAUGAGCGGCGGUUGCACGCCUCGAGUGUGCGCUGGCAGAAUACAACGUCACUCGGACCUGCGGCCGGUCGGCUGGGCCGCGUCGCCGAGCCGCGCGAUCCGCGCCGGCGCGGAGCGCGCCGCAAGCUCG